AUGGACGUUCCACAGUAUGACGUAUUACGAAACGAUAAAUACGGACGUUAUUUAGUCGCCAAAAAGGAUUUGGACCGUGGCGAGUUAAUAUUCACAGAUUUGCCCUUCACAAUCGGGCCUAAGCCAGAUACACCACCGCUGUGCCUCGGUUGCUACUGCCAUGUGGAAAAUGCGCUGUGCUCCCGUUGCGGCUGGCCUGUAUGCAACUCUGAAUGCGAACGAUCAGAGCAGCAUGCGGCAGAGUGUGAGGUAUUCUCCAGCGCUAAGGUUCGAUUCCAGCCUGUGGACGAUUGGACCGCCAGUGCACCACAGCUUGAUUGCAUCACGCCAUUGAGGUUACUUCUAGCAAAAGAACAUGAACCCAAUCGAUGGCAGCAGGAGUUGGAUGUUAUGGAAGUACAUUCGACCGCUCGCCGAGAGAGGGCCACCUGGGAGGUAGACCAAGUGAACAUUGUGGACUUUCUGAUUGAUCACUGCAAACUCGGCGGUAGGUUCGACAAGGAACUAGUACGGAAAGCCUGUGGAAUUCUAGAGAUAAAUGCUGUGGAAAUACCAUCUAGGGGCGGUUUUAGUGUACGGGCGAUAUAUCCACGAUUGGCAAUAGCAGCGCAUUCCUGUAUCCCCAAUAUAGUCCACACUAUUCUCCAGAACGACUAUAAAGUUGAAGUGCGCGCUGCUGUAGCGAUAAAGAAAGGGGAACCAUUACAUUUAUGCUACACUCACGCUCUCUCACCUACGAUAGUGAGACGUGAAUACUUACUUGAAUCAAAAUAUUUCAACUGCGACUGUCAGAGAUGUGCCGAUCCCACUGAAUUGGGAACACACUUGAGCACGUUGAAAUGUAACAAAUGUGAUAACGGCAUAGUAUUGUCUACAAAUCCUCUAGAUAACGACGCGCAAUGGUCAUGUACAGAAAAAAAAUGUGGCUUUAAAACAUCCGGAGCAGCGAUGAGGAAACUAUUGGCAGUAGUCCAAGCGGAAGUUGAUCAGCUAGACUUAUUGGAACCCGGCCCGCAGUCCAUCGAGCAGAGGGAGGCAACCAUCAAAAAAUACAAGUCGGUGUUCCAUCCGCGUCAUUCUAUUCCUCUCUCUAUAAAACAUGCAUUAGCACAACUCUACGGACGUGUGGAAGGCUAUAAUAUCGAUGACCUUCCAGACCUCAUGCUGGAAAGAAAAGCGGAGUUUUGUCGCCUCUUACUCAAGACGUUUGACGUCAUCACACCAGGAGACAGCCGAAUGAGAGGAAUGAUGUUCUACGAACUCCACGCACCGGUAAUGUAUUUGGCGAGAAGUGAAUUCAGCAGCGGGCUCAUUACAAAGGAGAAGUUGAAAGAACGAUUGCAAGAACCUAUCCAGUGCCUAGCGGACGCAGCGAGAAUCCUAGGGCGGGAAGACCCGCAAAGCCCCGAAGGCAUUACAGGCCAAAUUGCGUACCAAUGUAUGGAGCAACUUAGAGCAAGCCUUGAAGCAUUA